UUGUCCCAAAAUAUACCUCAGUUAUCUUUAGCUUUCAGUUAUUGUUUGCCAAUUUCCAAAAUAUAGAGGAAAAUUUUUCAGAAAUCUUAUUCGCUUUGCCAUUUGAUCAAAUAACUUAAAAAAAAGUUUUUGGAGGCACGAGAAGUCAAAGCAUACGCAAUCAAGUGAAAAAGGAAGCGUUGCUGAGCAGAUGUUCAAAUAUCUACCUCUGAUCCAAAAUUGACAAAGUUUUGUUUCAUGAUCAUGACGUUGAAUAAAUGACGAAAGAGUUCGAUGACGAUGCCAAAAAAAAAACUUUUUGGGGGUAUAAAAAGACCAAGAUUACCUAGAGCAGACACAGUUUCCACAAUUGAGUUCCCAAGUUGUGAUCUUGAGAAAAUCGUUUGGAAUUACCAUGUUGUCUCUGCGCCUUGUUGUUGUUUUGGUUGUGGCUGGAUUAGCCUUGGCUGAGAGACUUCCCACCAAAAUUUCUGUGAAUAAUUAUGGAAGUAUGUCGUGCGUUGGUACAAGAGUGUCUCCGAAUACGAUCCUGAUUCCUGGAAUGUGUUUGAUGAGCUAUUCCCAAAUGGACGUCAAAAUCCGUGGUUCGGAUAUUCCUUCCAAUGAUUCUGGAAACAUUUACCGCAUUACCCGUAUACUCUACCAUAAUGAUCGCGAUAUGAGUACAAUGAGCCAUGAUUACGCCCUCGCGAGACUCGAUCGCGAUAUGGUUGUUGAAAAUGACGUUCCUACAAUUCCCAAUGAAGAUGUCCCCGUUUCCGAAGGAGACAUUUGCACAACUCUUCGCAGAGAUCUUGACUCUCAAUCGAUGUACAUGUUCUCCGAACUGGAGCAUUACAAUGUCAAAGUCAUCAGUGAUGCAAAAUGCCAGGAACUCUUCCCAGAGACCUUCACUGACGACUUCAUCUGCGUAGGUGCUGUGGAUCCUCAGGCCGAAAACUACGAAGAUCAGCAAUGCCAAGGAGAAACUGGAGCUCCUCUUGUUUGCAAUGGCGAUAUCGUGGCUAUCAACAGUUGCGAAGUUUCCUGCUACGGAGAAGCUUGUGCCUACAAGAAAAUCUCUGCUCUCGGGGAUUUCGUUCAAGGUCAAGCAUUGUAAAUGAAAAAAAUCCAAUAUGGCUAACCAACGGACUUUUGCAGCAAUAAUGAUUUUUCUGUAAAUUCUUUCUUCCCAAAUGUGUACACCUGUAUUCUUUGAAAUUCAAUAAAUAAUCCUGAGGCCUGAGCAUUUAAA